AUGGCAGGCCCCAAAAGAAGUCGCAAGUACGAGAAGCCCAAGCUCGACCGACCGAGCAAGAAGCAAAAGCGCCAGCUCGCGCAGUACAACAGCGACUCCGAGGAAGAGCAAGACGACAACUUUGAUCCCGUCAACCUUCUCGACUCGGAUGACGACAUUCACAACGCCGAGGUUGACGAUGGCGCACCCUCAGCGGGCGAAUUGAGCUCAGGAGAGGAAGAAGAGGAGACACUGAAGAAGCCUGCGCCGAAGAAGAAGAUGUCGUUGAAGUCACAACAAAAGGCCCCUCAGCCCGCGCCCGAGUCAGCGUCUGAGAACGAGGAUGACUCGGAAUCAGAAGGGCAAGGAGAGGAUGACGAUUUCGAUGACGAUGACGACGAAGACGAAGACGAAGACGACGACGACCAGAACCCCCGACAAUCCAAGAAGAAGCGCGACAACUCUGCGUUCGCAACGUCCCUGACCAAAAUUCUCGGCACAAAACUCGCAACCUCGAAACGAGCUGACCCUGUGCUUUCCCGAAGCGCCGAGGCGCACUCGGCAUCGCGCGCCAUCCUGGACAAUGCACUGGAGGCAAAAGCCCGGAAACAGCUCCGCGACCAAAAGCGUCGUGCUUUCGAAAAGGGUCGCGUGAAGGAUGUCCUGGUGGCCAGCAGGAAUGAGAAGACGGGCGAGAUGGAGGCUACCACGGCCGAGAUUAUGGAGACGGAGAGGAGGCUGAGGAAAGUGGCACAGAGGGGUGUGGUCAAGCUGUUCAACGCUGUCAGGGCGGCGCAGGUUGCCGCCACCGAGGCCGAGAAGGGCACGAGGAAGGCCGGUGUCAUUGGCAUGGAUCAACGGGAGGGCAAGGUGAACGAGUUGAGUAAGAAGGGAUUCCUGGAUCUGAUCGCCUCGGGAGGCGGAGGGUUGAAGAAAACAGCCAUCGAGGAGGCCUAA